CUCCUUUUUAGGGGUAGAUGAGAUCCGUCCCAAAAGAAAUAUGACAUGGGACCCAGCCGGUAUUCAAACUGAAACAACUAUCCGUUAUGCUAAAACCGGAAACUAAAAGAAGAUUCUAGACAUUCUGUAUUUUUCUCAAAAUAUCCGGGAAUGGUCUAGUAAGUAACAACGCUCAUUUCUCUCUUUUAUUUUCUUCUUCUAUUUCCUUAAAUACGUUAACAUAAUUUAAAACAAAGAUUGAAAUAAGACAGUUUGAAACUGAUCACCGUUGAGAUCCAAAUUAGAUUUGCAAUAGUAAUGUCGGAGAAAACGCGAGGUAUCGCAAUGACUUUUCCUGCGGAAGAUGGAGAAAAGGAAAAGGGGUCGCCAGUGUCUCCUAACUCUCUCUCUCCAAACCUUCCUCCAAGGCUCAGACGCCGUCUUAUGGUCUCCAAAUCGCCUAUUACUGCUGAACACAUUGAAUCCAAACUCAAUCAAGCAAAUCAAAGACGACAGCAAUUCUACGAGCUGUUGUCGAAAAAGGCUGUGCCAAAGUCGAGAGAUUCGUCUCCCUCAUCUGCGGACGAAGAUCUGGGUAAGCGACAUGAACCAAAUCUUAAAGGUGCCGAGCAGAAAAGGUCUGCAAGGCGGUUUUUGCAUCCAAGGAAGACUACUCUUGCCCUAGCAAAAGCUUUUGAGGCUCUAGCAAUUAGUGAAGAAUCUGUUAAGUCAAUGUCAUUUGAGCAGCUUGCCCUUAAAAUUGAAUCAGCUACAACUAUUCGAAGCACGAAAGCAUUACUUGAUCGUCUAGAGAGUCGAUAUUUGAUCUCACGAGCAGCUACUGGCAGCAGUCUUCCUAGUUUGGAGAACAUUGAUUACCUUCUACAGCGUGUUGCUUCACCAGUCAGUAAGGAAAACAUUAACAUCAACGAGGAAUCUAAGAACAUUCAUUCUAGUGAUGAAACCCCUUUAAGUUCAGUUGCAUUGCCAAGGUAUCCAGUAAGAGUUUUUCUUUGUGCAUACAUGAUUUUGGGACACCCAGAGACAGUUUUUAGUGGGAGAAGAGAGAGUGUGAAUGAUCUGGCCCAGUCUGCAACUGAUUUAAUUUGUGAAUUUGAGCUAUUACUUAAAAUUAUAUUACAGGGGUCAAAUAAGACUCCCCACAAAGAUACAGCUCCCAAAUCCAGCACAAUUACUUUCACAUCCCAGCUAGAAGCCUUUGAUAAAGCAUGGCGUUUGUACCUGUUGCACUUCGUUGCAUGGAAAGAUACCGACGCUAAGUUGUUAGAGCAUGAUUUGGUGAGAGCGGCUUGCCAACUUGAGCUUUCUAUGCAAUCCUGUAAGUUGACUCCCGAACUUGAUAUGAAGACUAUCCAAAAUAAGAUUACAGAAAAUCAGAAAAUACUAAGGGAAAAAUUGCAGCAGCUAAGUGGUAAUCAAGGACUUGAAAACUUGGAAGCUGCUCUCUCUGAGGUACGGUCCAGAUAUGCUGGAUCAAAGGAAUCUGCCCGUUUAUCUUCUUUUCACCCUGCUUCAUUGGGUGAUUCUUCAGUAUCUGUAUCUGCUGAAACGAGCAAUCUCACGGACACUCAUAAAAGCUCUAGUCCAAUGAAUCAUAUUGUCUUUGACAAAGAUGAAUCUGACCUUGCCAAUGAAGUCAGUUCUUCUUUGUCUUUCAAAAGUGGUACAGAUGGUCAUUUGAGCCCUACUACCUUAGUAGUUGGUGAGAAUGAGCUGCUUGUAAACGAAAUUCUCCAUGAUCAACACCUUGGUGUUGUUGAUAGUUUGACAGAUGGUAAUGAGGGUCAAAACAGUCUUAAGGCGAAUGUGAGAGAGACUAUUGAAAAAGCUUUUUGGGAUGGUGUCAUGGAGUCCAUGAAAGGCAAUGAAUCCGACUUCAGCUGGAUUCUUAAACUUGUUACAGAAGUACGAGACGAACUAUGUCACAUGUCUCCUAAAAGUUGGAAACAUGAAAUUAAUGAAAGUAUCGAUGUUGAUAUUCUCGAACAGAUGCUGAGAUCAGGUGAUUUAGAUGUGGAUUAUUUUGGAAAGGUUCUAGAGUUUGCAUUAGGGACUUUAAGGAAACUUUCUGCUCCAGCUAAGGAAGAUGAUAUGAAGACUAUACAUUACCAGUUUUUGAAAGAACUAGGAGACAUUUUACAAGCUGAAGACAAAUCAAAAGCUUCAUGUGCCCUUGCCAUAACCAAGGGUCUGCGGUUUGUUUUGCAGCAGAUUCAGACUCUUAAGAGGGAGAUUAGCAGAGCACGUCUGAGGAUGGUAGAACCACUCAUUAAGGGCAAUGCCGGUAUAGAGUAUCUGAGAAAAGCUUUCAUUGAUAGGCAUGGUUCUCCUGCACUAGCCUCUACUUCUUUGCCAAUUACAAGGCAGUGGGUUUCAUCUGUGAAAGUGAUGGUAGAGCAGGAGUGGCAUGAAUACAAUAAUUCUUUAUCUGUUGUGACAAAUAAGGAACCUUCUUCUGGACUUCCUCCUACCACUCUCCGGACUGGAGGCAAAAUUUCUGGAACAAAAAUCAGCUCACAAGCCUCUUCAAUAGACUUAAUUGAUUCGGCUUUUCCAGGAGAACAAUUACCAGAGUGCGUGGGUGAAGAAAUUGAUUUGUUAAUUAGACUUGGCUUAUUAAAGCUAGUGUGUGAAGUAGGUGGUCUGAGCCUUGAAGUUUUGCCUGAAACUCUUAAGAUGAAUCUCUCCAGGCUAAGGGGUGUUCAGUCUCAAUUUCAAAAGAUAAUAGUAAUGUCUACCUGUUGUUUGGUUCUUCGUCAAACUCUUUCGAACGAGAACUUAGUGACUAAUGCUCUCGACAUGGAUACAAUAGCAUUAAGAUGUGUAAAUCAGCUCUCUAGCCUACUGGAAACUGUUGAGGACAUUGGUAUACCAGACAUUGUUGAAACAUUAAGUGGGUGCGCAGAAUAUAGCGAACAUCAUUCAUGCCCAGAGAAACUAGAGGCGAGGAAGCAGAUUAUGGCAAGGAUGCUGGGGAAAAGCCUUCAAGCUGGUGAUGCCAUUUUCAAACGGGUUUCUCGUGCUGUUUAUCUAGCUGCAAGAGGGGUUGUCUUUGGAGGAAAUGGAAAAAAGGGAAGAGAACUUACAGAGGCAUCUCUUCGGCCAGUUGGUGCCACUCUUCUUGCAGAUAAUUUGGUCAAGGCUGCAGAUGUACUGAUUGUUGUGGCAGCUGUAACAUCCAAUGUUCAUAGGCCAUGGUAUGAGGAACUACUCAAGACCUUGUGAUUUACCUAACGGAAAAACAUGUUCUAUAUGUAAAUAUAUUUGUACGAAUGUAUAUUAUUUUCUUCUGAACAGCCAUUUGUUUGUAUAAUUAUGUGGCAAUCUACAAUUACAAAUUGUAUAGUGGAUGAAUAUGGCUUAGGUUAUGUGUUUUGGUGUAGUUAUUAAAAUUAUCGAGAUUGUAAAUUUUGAAAUUCGAUAUUUUGUGUAUGAUGAUCGAGGGUUUGGAGAUUGCUCAAA